AUGGAUUUAAUGAGAUCUAUAUACUGUAUUGCUGUUGUAGGUACCACUUCGAAAUAUAAGGCCUUGGAAAAUCAACUACAGAUGGCAAUUGCAGAUCGGAAUGAAGAUAAGUGCAAAAGCUUAAUGAUGACUUCGCCGGAGAGAGAACUUUUGCCAAUUCUCUGUACAGUCUUUCAGAAUGCUUUGUUUACAGAAAAGGAUGGAAUUAAAGAAGUAGUUUUCUCACAAAUAGCAAAGUUGUCGGCAGAUGUAAUUAAGAAAUUUCGAAAAUCUUCAAAUAACAUUCCAAAAAAUGCCAUCAUUUGGAUGGGAACAGAAUGUAACUGCGAUAAAACAAUUAGCCAACGAUAUAAGGAUUUACCGUGUUUUAACACACUUCCAGUAAUAGUUGUUGAAACCAAUGAGAGCAAAUCUAAAUUUGAUAAAUUCGAAGAAUUCUAUGGCUUUCCAAUUAGAGUUAUACAUCAAACUACAGACAAAACAGAAGAUAAUGAAGCAAAAACAGUACUUCACAAGGCAGUAGUAAAAUCAAAUGGGUGUAUAGUAAAUCACGAAAUACAUGCUAGUAUAGGCAAAUAUCUCUUCCAACGCCACUGUAAUCUAACAAUGAUCUGCCCGUCAAAGUGGAAAUCUACAGGAUUUAAUCAGAAAAUGAAGCAUGAAGUAGAAGAGAUUGACUGCGUUAAUUUAUUCUGUAAAAGAAAAGGUAUCGUUCCAAUUGGAGAGCAUCAUUUCCCACUGAAGAUUCAAGGUUUCCCCACAGAUGUGUUGAACGGUAGUUCUUAUCUAUCAGCAACAUUGAAAGUAGGAGAUAACAUGAAAUCUGAUACUGGAACUGGAACGCUAGGUGGAUUUGUAAAAUAUUACGGUGCAGAUACUUUUCUCACUUGCGCUCAUGUAAUUUUUGGGAAAGACAAUUUGCUCGAUCUUCAAAAAGACAAUAUACAUUUUGUGUGUCGAAAGAUGACAAACGAAGGAUCAGAGCCGGUUGAAUGCACCUUGAUACGACAUGCAUUGAAUUACGAUACAGUAACUGCGACAGAUAUAGCCGAAAUUGAAGUUGAAGAGCCAAUCGAAUCUCAAAGUACAAAUGUACCAGAAACAAGUGUUGAUGCUGCGAUGUUACUAAUUCAAACUGCCUCAGAUAUUUCAAACACAAUGGUUAACCUGAAACUUGUAUUGAAAGAUAAUGUCUCAUCCACAAAAAGAAAUCUAAAAAGCAUGGGAAUAAAAUCAAUUUAUUUGAAUGAAAACAAGCUGCCCAAUCCUGCUGUUAUACAAAGUAAAGCUGUUGCUCUAUCGGCUAUUACCGGAGAACAAAGGAAAGACAUUCAAGUAAAACAGGUAAAAGAACUUUUUAUACGCUAUUCAACUCAUGCAAGAUUGUCGAACAAUAUAACGGUUUAUAACCAACUAACCAUUGAGAAUAUGGACUUUCAAUCUGGCGAUUCUGGCACAUGCAUAUAUGCGAUAUGCCCCCGGAAAGAGGAUUCAGGGUGUAUAGGCAUGCUUAUUGGAAAAUCAACUUCCGGUCAAUUCGUUGUGACGCCAAUUGAUGAAAUACUCAAAGCUUUAGGAGUGCAUUAA